GAGCUUUCCGUCCAUUUUAGCGAACGGAAAUGGCGCUGAAACUGAGUGUGUAGGUUGGCGUGAUGUAUGCGCAGACGUUCGAGUUGAGCGACGCCUUAAAGGCCGCCAUCGACCGCUGGAAGGAUGCCAGGUCCGACGCGCACGUGCUCAAAAUCGUGUUCAAAGCAGGUGGGCAGCUCCGCACUGAAGAGCAGAGGGCCAUAGGCACAGCAGACAGGAAAAACAGCCCAUAAACGACAGACACGCAAUGAUGUUGUCACAUCGAGUGCUGUGUUGGUGUGUUGUAUCCUUUCUUCAGAGGUGCUGGUUGAGGCGCCAGCGCCCCAGAAGGCUGACAGCAGCGUGCCGGCCUCCUCCCUGUCCGGCGUUGAGGCGACCUUCCAGUCCCUCCAGCCGCUAGUGCAGGAGAAGGAGGCCUGCAUCCUCCUGGUCAAACUCGCCACACUCUCUAACACCCCGGAAAGGUCAGACUGACAGCAUCAGAGAAGAAUGACGGCCACGCGCACGUGGUUUGCAAUGUGUGUGUGUGUGUGUGUGUGUCAGGGUGUUGGUAGCGUGGGUGCCUGAGGGUGUGUCUGCGAAGGAGAAGGUCAUGUACGCCACCGGCAGGGCCAUUCUCGGCAGGUACCUGGGCACAGGCACCGCCACCGGCAAGCAGGCCGUCCUGGAGGAGUUCUUUUGCUCUACCAAGGUGGGUGAGUGACCCUCACCUCUUCCCACACACAUAUGGCACCGACUCGCCAUGUGUGUGUUUCUGUCCGUUGGUCUGUCAGUCUGAGUUGUCGUAUGAGGGGUACAGGAGUAGCAGAAAGGGCGGCUCGGGCAGGCCGGCGUCUGCUCAGGAGGCGGCGAGCGCAGAUAGCCGUGUUGACAGGAAGGUGCGGCCAGCAAGAAGCGGCGGAGUGUGCUCAGUCGAUCCAUGCACUUAUUGGUGUGGUCUGGUUGUGCCCAGGUUGAGAGGAGUGAGGAUGCGUCGCGGCCCAAGCACGCGGUGAUGCCGUCGAUACCCAUCACACCGAAGGAGAGCCUCAAGGUGCUCUUUCUCAGACAGACAGAUGGCCCGGGCUGUAUCGACACAGGCACAGCUCACUGUGUGUGUCUAUCAGGAUCACCUGAAGAACUUCAAAAACGGUCGCGAGAACUGCCUGCAGAUCGUAAGACAGCAGAAACACAUACCUAGUGUUGACGGAUGGAUGGAUGGAUGGAUGUGUGUGGGUGUGCGUGUCUGCAUCAGAGUGUUGACGACAAGUCGUCCACUGUGGACGCCAACCCCUCACCGUACCAAGGAGCAAGUGAGCGUCCCUGCAGGCCUGCACACACACGUGUGAAGUGUCUGCACACACGUGUGUCUGCCUUCCUCUCCCUGUGUGUGGGUGUCAGGCAUCCUGUCGGCCAAUCUGGAGUCAAGCAAGGCGCGUUACUAUCUGCUGAGGGGGCGCGAUCGAGUCGGUAAGCCGUGCAUUCGUUUGCUGCAUCCACGUCUGUAUGACACCUGGGUGUUCUGUGUGUCCAUCAGUGUUGAUACUGUCGUGUCCUGACGGGGCGUCGCCCACACAGAAGCUCUUCUACGCCGCGUGCAAGGCACCCACACACACACGGCGCACUGACAGAGACCGACUCUCGCGUCAGUGGACUCUCUGUCUUUCCCUUUCUUUCUUUCUUUUUUUCUUCCUUUCUUUCUGUCUUUCUUGUCAGAAUCGCAUUGUCGACAUCGUCCGAGAGGCUGGCAUACACAUUUGGAAAUCGGUACGCCUCUCCACGUUAUUGGCUUUGCCCGUCUUUCCUGCCAUAUGUGUGUGUGUGUGUGUGUAUCUGCGUGCAGCUUGACGUGCGCUCGCCCAACGACCUGAAGGAGGACACUUUGUGGGACGACGGCGGCCCUGCCGCCGGCACCAUCGCCGCGGCAUCGCUCAUCUUCAACAAGCCAUCGCCACCUGGCACCAUCAAAUCUGCGGUAAGCAGCUCGCCGCCCUCCCCACCAUCACCUUAUUGUGCUUUCUUUCCCUUACCCAGGACCCGAUGAAUCCGUCCCUGGGCGGGCUGGCAGUGCCAUCCAGCGGCGGAGCGGGGGCCGCCAGACACUCGUCACGGAUAUCGACCAUCGCGCAGUCGGGGCUGGGGCGGGCGGCUGCUGUGUUGGGUGGGCUGGGUGAGGGGGUGCAGUCGACGGCGAAGAGCAAGAAAAAUGCGGCUGCCAUUGUUGCCGAAGCCAGCGGGGAGAUCACAUUCUGAC